AUCUUCAUAUUAUACUGUCUAGAAUAACGCACAAGUGUCGCAAUGGUGUCGCACUCGCUGGCUUUACCGAUGAUCUGUUUCACCACGCUGUGGGGUCUGGUCGGGGUUGUGGCCCCGUUUUUUGUACCGAAAGGACCAAACAGAGGGGUAAUCAUAACCAGUUUGGUGCUGACCGCUGUUUGCUGCUAUUUAUUCUGGUUAGUAGCGAUACUGGCUCAAGCAAAUCCUCUAUUUGGACCUCAGCUUAAAAAUGAGACCAUAUGGUAUCUGCGCUACUUCUGGGAGUAGAUGGAGGUAAAGAUGUCUAUAUCUCAUCGGGCUUUUUUCUUUUAAAUGUCACUAUUAUAAUCAGUAAUACCCACAAAAUAGUGAAGGAUCGACUCCAAGAGAACAACAUUUGUGAUGAAACAAGCUGCAACAUUACACACAUUUUUUCAAUUACAAAAAGAAUGAUUCAACUUUUGUUUAAACAAAUAUGUUACUUAACAGAAUGCAACAUAAUGAAUAGAAGAUUUGGAAAUAGUAUACAGCAGUGAAUCUCAACCUUUUGGCGUACCGGACCCCCGUCCAAUUCAGAACCAUCCUCAAGGACC